CUUAUUCAGACAGUCGAGCAUCGGCUCGGAAUGUAGCGAUCGCCGACCGAAAAUAACAUGUGGGCAAUUUUGUUCGUGACUUCUGUGCUGGCAGAGAAUGCUUGCGAUCAGAGAUGUAAUCGAAUCUAUCAACGUUCCCUUGCUCGACCCGGUUUCGAUGAUGACAAAUUAGAAAAUCUACUGGAUAGGCAAAGGCCAUUGGGAACUUUGAAGGAUAUGUGCUGGAGAGUCUAUGAUCAUCUCGACUGCAUGAAGCACUGCGGUGGUGACGCACCAGAGCAUGAGAAGUUUGCGAAGUAUAUCAGGAGCAAGUGUAGAUUUGCGUUGAGAGGAAUGGAAAACGCACUCGCAUGUAUAAGUCGCUAUCAUUCAUUCAUAGAAGUUCGAUGCUCGACUUUUCUCAAAGAGGCUGAACGACUGAAAUCGAAGACAGAUCCUGCAUAUACACCAAGUCAGGAAACCUGCAGAUAUCUUCACUUGAAUACAUUAUGUUUGGAAAACACCGUGAGAAUGUACUGUGCUAAUGCUAAGAAAAUCUUCAGAAGACUCAACUACAGGGACUACUUUCUUAGCUUCGUUCUUCCUACAAAUGACACAUUGUUUGACGAUGAGGAUUUGGAUGCAUGUCAGUUGUAUGAUUUUGCCAAGAAAAAUAGGAAGAAGAUCGAAAAAGAAGUUGAUGAAGAGGAGUUGACCACAGUCAUAAAUGACUUCGAGACUGAGGAGGAAACGAGAAGGCCAAGAACGACAGUAACUACAUUCACGGACAGAACGGAAUUUACAACGCUCAUUAAAGAACUCCUUGACGAGUCUACAGAACCAACAGCUUCUUCGCUUAUCAAGCCUACGCCAGAGAAAGACAGCUGGUCUUCACCUUCACUAAAAACAUUGCCUACCAAAUCCACUUCUCCGACCUCUUCUACUGCAUCAAGGACGAGCUCUCUCCUCUCCACAACAGAUGAUGUACACUCUUCCGCAACGAAACAAUACACAGAAAGCACAAGCCCUGAUACUGCCGUAAUUACCACAUCUACGGAUAAGAUAAUUACUAGUCUCGAUUCCACCGUGAUCACUACUUCUACUGAUGAAGUGAUUACAAGUACGCAUUCCGAUGACGGAAAUGGCAGUGAAGAGGAAGAAUACGAGGAUGAAAAAGAAGAGGACUACCAUGAUGAAAAACCAGAGAAUAUUUCAGUUGAAGUGGUUUCGAUACAAACGGCGGAAAGGAAACAAGAAGUGACUGAAACCCCACGUAUGUCAACUACUACUACUCGCCGACUAUUCUCUGAUGACAGCUGGGAGCAGCCUCCGCCCAACUUUGGCUACUCAUCAAUGCGAUAUCCAAAUGGAGGCGUGACACCACUGAAUAUUGAUACGAGUACACUCUUUGGUAUGGAUGAUGGUGACAAAGAAGAAGAGGGCGAAGAAACUGACAGGAGAACGUCAACACGCCCAUACGCUGACAAUAGAAAGGACUCGCUGAAAAAAGUUGAUGUGCGAAAAGCUGAGAAUGCUGUCAAAGCGUCAGUGCGUUUCGCAUCGCGUCCAGCAAAGGAAUCGCAGCGAGGUCCGAUAUAUGUGACACAAAGAGUCAGCGUUGCGACAACGUCAACUACGGAAAUGCCAACCACAGAAAAAAUUAUAUCGACUACUUCUGCAUCUGAAGCUUUGACUACUUCCGCAUCGGAAGUAAUGUCCACAAUAACCCCAAUGCUCCGUGGUGAAGUGGCAGUGAAAAGGAUUCAUGAAUGGAACGAUGUGACUCAAAGCGCAGAAUACGGUGUCACAUUGAUGACUGAUCGUGGAGACGAUGAGUUCGAUGGUACGGACGAAGACAUGGAUCAGGCAGUGUCAGUAGAGCCUGUGGAGCCCAAAAAAAUCACCCCAGAAAUUGGUAGUACCACACUACUUCCCCGCUUAAACAUCGACUGGUCGCGAGAAACUCUUAUAUUGAUAUACAGCUUACUCUUUGCUAUCGCUACAUUCUCGUUGAUGUGUAUACUGAUUUGCUAUAUUUGGUGUAGGAAAAGGAGACAAUCACAUGAUUUUAAAACAAAUUAUUAACACAUUAUUGAUAUAUUUUCCUAUUCAUCUUUCACUCUGGCAUAACUGCAUUUUCACCAUAAUGCAUUCAAAUAAGUAACUGAAUAUCCUUUCCCACCUGUUCUCCCACGCACUGCCAUGCGAGGGGUGCUCAGUCGUUGCCUCGCUCUAUUCAUAUCUCCGCAUUCUAGUCAAAAAGAGCUAAAGAACACUCGCUUAUUCGUAAUUCGAUAUCGGGUAUGAUCACAAGCGUAGCGAAACAUGUGAACGAUUUUAUUUUUCUAGUAGUAUGCUCAAUAUUUUGUGUAUAUAUACGUCAAACUUUAAAUAAAGUUUUCGU